AUGUGGCAGACGCGGCCUGCGCACGUGGCGUGUACAACAACAAGAUCUGUUCGGGCCACGGGACGUGCAACCCGCGCAACUUGUGCGAGUGCGACGCGCGCCACUUCGGCUUCGACUGCUCGCAGACGCUGUCCGCUGGGGCCGGCGUGGGUGGCUCCUGCGCGAGCGACGGACGAUGCGCACUACCCCGUCGAGUGCUCGAACAAGGGCGUGUGCGACUACGAAGAGGGCUCCUGCACCUGCGACGAAGGCUUUGUGGGCUCCGCGUGCCAGCGGCUGGAGUGCCCCAAUGCCUGUGCCGGCGCAGGCCGGUGUUUGUCGCUGAAAGAGCUGUCGGCAACGUAUGCAGUAGGGUCGGAGCCGCUCUAUGAUAGUGUAUGGGACGCCGAGAUGAUCUACGGAUGCAAGUGCCGCAAGGGCUACCACGCCUACGACUGCUCGCUGCGGUCUUGUCCUCGCGGUGAUGACCCGCUGACUACGGGUCAAAAGAAUGAGGUGCAGAUUGUGCAAUGUACGGCGACUGGAGGGUCGUUUUUCCUCUUCUUCAAUGGGCAGGGUGCACAAGUUCCCUAUGAUGCCGCGCUCGACCAGUUCCAGAGCAUUCUCGCGACAAUCCCAGGUUUUCCCCAAGUGAAGGUCACAUUCGGCGGGACAGCGAAGACGGUUUGCAGCAGUGCGACGGCAAACGCCAUUUUAAUCGAGUUCAUCUACGAUUUCGGGCCGCAACCUCCGAUUAAAGUCAUGGGGACGCUGAAGGGCGUCGCUUAUCUCACAGGAGGCAGCGUGUUCGCGACAUCUGCAGGCGGCAUCUUGGCUGGCAGAACUUCGGUUCAAGGAUCAAAGGAAUGGGAGUUCUGCAGCAAUCGAGGCGACUGCAACUAUGAAACCGGUCAGUGCGUGUGCUUCCUUAACCCCAUGCCGGGCUAUCGGUCCAGCGACGGAUAUGGAAAUCCAGGAGCGCGCGGCGACUGUGGCUGUGCCAACGACAAGAACAUGUACGGAGGAUCGAUCUUGGCCUGUGUGGGGGAGCUCGCUUGUAGCGGCCACGGCUACUGCACGGGCUCGCCAUCGUUCAAAUGCGUUUGCGAGAAGGGAUGGACCACCGGAGACUGUUCCGCAAGAACUUGUCCUACCGGUCCGUCCUGGUUUACCGCUCCGUCAGCGAGCAAUACCGUGCACAACCAAUGGACAAUGUGUUCCGAUGUUGGAGCUUGCGACCAGACUACAGGCCAAUGUUCCUGUUACACUCCAUUUGAGGGAGCCGCGUGCGAGUUCAUGAAAUGUCCUGGUGAACCAGUUUGUAGCGGCCACGGAGAAUGCAUGAGUAUCCGACGGCUUUCGUUGGAAGCUGACGUGGACUCCCCAUCGCUUCGCUUCGACUACGGAGCCGACCCAAAUAAUGUCCAGACAUUUGACCGUGACAAUAUUCUCGGCUGCAAGUGCGACCCAGGAUACGAGGGCUACGACUGCAGCAAACGCUCCUGUCCUAGGGGCGAUGAUCCAGUGACAACCGACCAAGUGGAUGAGAUCCAGGUGUUGAAGUGUACGGCGACGGGUGGCGUCUUCCGCCUUCAGUAUCGCUCCUCAACAUCGAUCGAUAUCCCUUUCAAUGCUGGAGCUAGUGCGCUCCGUGAUAUCCUCAUGACUUCAUUCGGAUUCGAAGGUCCUGUCGUCACGUACUCCACCGGUACACAAGCCUGCACUGCUCCAGCAUCCCCAGCCAAUAUCAUCACUAUCACAUUCCCAGUAGAUCACGGCGAUAUUCCACCGCUGCGAGCUGUCACGACAGAUCUCACCUCAACUGGUGGGGCCAUGAGCUUCGUCACCGCGGACAACGGGGUUGCUAUCGGUGGGGUUGCAAGUCAACGGGGUACCAAGGAAAACGCAGUCUGCUCCAACAGAGGCUACUGCAAUUACCUACAAGGAACCUGCACGUGCGCGUUCGGAUAUGGCAGUAGCGAUGGCCGUGGGAACCGCGGGAACAGGGACGACUGCGGCUACAUAUUGCCCAAGGUCAAGUACAUAGCUCAGGAAUAA